UCAGCUCCGGCGCCUGCUUUACCUUCGCUUCACUCCUUCGCAAAACAAUUCAAGAUGUUUGACCACCUCAUCGGCCUCAGUAUGCUGAUCGCAGCAUCCGCCGUCUUCGUAUACUACACUAUCUGGACCUUGUUUAUGCCUUUCGUCGACGAGGUCCAUCCGCUCCACUCCCUCUUUCCACCCCGCGUCUGGGCAAUCCGCAUUCCCGUCAUCCUCAUCAUUCUCUUCACCACCGUCGUGGGGAGCUUCCUCUCAGUCGUUAUGAUAAGGAGCAACAGGAAGAAAGCGCUCAAGGCAAAACAGAAGAAGGCGAGCUGAAGGGGACACGUUGCAAGGGGUUCUUUCGGAGCAAGCAUGUUGGUCUGCGCAUUCUGGGCGUUUGCCAUUGGACAGGCUUCAUACUUGUAUCAUUUGACUCUGCGCUGGUAAUCUCGUGGGCGAGAACGACGUGGCAUGUUCGACUAGCAAGAAUUACUCAAAUACUAGGCCGUCUAAUUUCCUGAAA